AUGGUGUCCCCCGUCAUCUCGUCUUCUGAGCCAGCCAAGGAAAACAAACUUACCAGAGCUUGGAAAAGAGUGUCUGGUGAAUCUCAAGCAACCGAUUUGAAAUUGCCAGGCGGAAAUUUUUCAGAUGAUUUGAGACGCACUUCAACGGUUAAUUCUAAAGGAAUGAAGCCCCCUCUUGAAACACACAAAAGACGUGCCAGCGCACAGCUGGAGCUGACUACGAAGAAGAUGGACACUGUUGGAGAAGAAGCCGCCGGUGAACUUGGAGGUUUUGGUGGACUUGGAAUCAAUUUCUAUGAUCAUCUUGGUAACAAAAUUGCGCCACAGGUAGUUGUACCUCCUGAAAUAUCCAGAAGUCAAUCUCCUCGAGCGCCGGGUACUCAGAAGCCCAUUUCGCCGCUUCCAAAAGAUCCGCCUGUAGUUGCACGAUCACCUUUAGUAAUUCGCGAAUCCUUCACUCGAAACUCCAGCUUUCCUGAAAAUCAAGACCCAGAAGCUAUUGUCGAUAGCGACGCUUUCCUUGGUAGUCUUCUCGAAAGAACCCUACGCGAGCAAUCCGAAGCUCUUUGUCCAAGUCCAACGGGGAGCAGAAAGAGCUCUAUCCGCCUCAAUACACCAAAGAGUAGUCGUCAAGUCUCUGCUGCCAAGCCAAUUACAACUUCUGGUCCCUUUGGAAUGAGAAGUUAUACGGCACCAAUGAAUAUAACAUCUUCGUCUGAGCUCACGUAUACACCAACCCGAGGCCCAAAAUUGGGUAUUACAACAUCAUUACCACAUUCGCGAAUUUUGAGUUUGCGAACACCGAGCGUUACUGAAUCAGAGGUGGUAGAUUGUUUUAAUUCAGGAAUUAUCAGUAAAGAAAAUAGUGGUUUUACUCCCGAGUCCCUUACAAAUGAAACGCAGUUCCCACUAAAUUCGAAGAUUUACCGAAUCCCAUCAUCCCCUACAAUUGCCAAGCGCUCUUCCCGAAAUAAGCCGUCUAAGCCACAACGUGGUGAGCUUUACUUCUUCGAAUACGAACGACAAAAGAUUGAACAACUCGUUGCGCAAAGUAAAAAUCGAAAUUGUACAGAGCAUCAAGAUUGUACCGAUUGUAUUGAGAAGGAGUACGCAUAUUACGAGAACAGAAUCAUGUCUACUUCAAUGCCCCCAGAACGUCGCCAACAGAUCAUGAAGGCUAAUAGAUCUAUUCGCAAUAUCAAGAAUGAGCUUGAAAACCUUCUUGAAGAUGAACUCAUUACUUACGAGGUGUAUGAGCUUAUGGUUAGCAAACUUCCCUCGGAAAACAGCUUGAACUCGACCUCUUCUCCUGCGCCUCGUGCCAACGUCGCCAUUCCAGCACCAGUUGCUCCAGUCGCCGCAUUCUCACAAUUGAAUGUCAAUAACGAUAACCCUCCACCAUCAUACCAAUCUACUCCAAACCUUCCUCCCCGCGGACCGACCCAACCACCUGCUCGACCAGAAGUCGGACGCGCCACCGCUCUUUACCGUUAUACCGAACCUGAAGACUGCAACUUCGAUGUUGGUGAUACUAUCAUCAUCUACGAAUACAUGAAUGAUGAUUGGUGGAUGGGCAAGAAUGAAAAGACUGGAAGAGAGGGUGUGUUCCCAUCGAACUACGUCCAGAAACAUCAAAACCAGUCACCCCAGGGCGCCUAUUAUGGCAACGAGAAGGCCACAUACAACCCAUAUGGCUCUCAACAACAAGGAACCGUACCACCCGGACCAAGCAACCCUUACAACAGCUCCGUUCCCCCAAUGGCUGUCGCAGAACAACCUACCGAAGAAAAGCCUAGUAAGGGUGGAGAGAUGGGUAAGAAGUUUGGUAAGAAAUUGGGCAAUGCCGCUAUCUUCGGUGCUGGAGCUACGAUCGGUGGAAAUAUUGUUAACUCGAUUUUCUAA